AUGGGCACAUGGACCCUUGUUUUGGAGAGCAGCACAACAGCUGCACAAAAACCUUCCGCCAUGAUGCUGCGCUGCCGCUGCUUCCCGUAGCUGCACAGCCGACACGAACGAAUGAAUUAACGCCGAAGUGAGACACACAGCUGACUUCAGGAGUUGUUAUGCUAUUGAAGUGGUCUAGGGAUGCCCACAGAGAAAUAUGACCCACCUGAUUUCAGGCAGAUGUACACUAUCAUGUCCAGUGAGGAGGCAAACAGUGGGAAAAAAUCCAUCUGGGAUGGGCUUGAAAUAAUUGGUAAUGUUCGGAGUCUCAGCUCGGGCCUUUGGUCGCUCACUCACCUCACUGCUCUGCAUCUCAGUGACAACUCCCUGUCACGCAUUCCACCUGAAAUUGCCAAGCUGCACAACCUUGUGUUCUUGAACCUUUCAUCCAAUAAGGUCAGGAGCCUGCCAGCAGAACUUGGCAACAUGGUGUCUCUCAGGGAACUACUUUUAAAUAACAACCAGUUGCGGGUUCUGCCAUUCGAAUUGGGGAAAUUGUUUCAGUUACAAACACUGGGGUUGAAAGGCAAUCCACUCACUCAAGAAAUUAUGACUCUCUACCAGGAGCCAGAUGGUACCCGGCGACUGCUGAACUACCUUUUGGACAAUCUUGCUGGUGCUAUCAAGCGCAUCCCAACAGAGCCACCUCCGUCCAGGUCCUGGAUUGUGCUGCAGGAGCCUGAAAGGACAAGACCAACCGCCCUGUUAACUGUAAUGUGCUACAAUGUGCUGUGUGAUAAGUACGCCACACGCCAGCUCUAUGGCUACUGCCCAUCCUGGGCCCUUAACUGGAGCUACAGGAAGAAGUCCAUAAUGCAGGAGAUCCUCAGCUGCAAUGCAGAUAUUAUCAGCUUACAGGAAGUGGAGACAGAGCAGUAUUACAAAUACUUCAUUGUGGAGCUGAGUAAACAGGGAUAUGAUGGAUUCUUUAGCCCAAAAUCCCGGGCCAGAACCAUGUCUGAAUCGGACAGGAAACAUGUAGAUGGAUGUGCAAUAUUCUACAAGACUGAAAAGUUCAGCAUGGUGCAGAAACACACAGUAGAGUUUAACCAGCUGGCUAUGGCCAAUUCAGAGGGCUCAGAGGCUAUGCUGAAUCGUGUCAUGACCAAAGACAACAUUGGAGUGGCUGUGCUGCUGGAGCUAAAGAAGGAGUUAAUAGAGUUGUCACCAGGUAAGUCUAUCCAUGCUAUGGAGAAACAGCUCUUUCUUGUGGCAAAUGCUCACAUGCAUUGGGACCCAGAAUAUUCUGACGUGAAGCUGGUGCAGACCAUGAUGUUCCUGUCAGAGGUGAAGAAUAUCAUAGACAAAGCCUCCCGUAGUCUGAAGCUCUCCUCCGUAUCUGGAGAAACCAGCAGCAUCCCUUUGGUGCUUUGUGCCGACCUCAACUCACUUCCUGACUCGGGUGUUGUGGAGUACCUGAGCACAGGUGGGGUGGACUACACACACAAAGACUUCAAGGAGCUGCGCUACAGUGACAGUCUGACCAACUUCAACUGCAACGGCAAAAACGGCACAUCUAACGGGAGGAUCACGCAUGGUUUCAAGCUGAAGAGUGUCUAUGAGAACGUGCUUAUGCCUUACACCAAUUACACUUUUGACUUCAAGGGUGUCAUUGACUACAUCUUCUACUCCAGACCACAACUGAACGUGCUGGGCGUCCUCGGGUCUUUGGACACAAACUGGCUCCUGGAGAACAAUAUCAGUGGUUGCCCACACCCUCACAUCCCCUCAGAUCACUUCUCCCUGCUUGCACAACUGGAGUUGGUCCUGCAUUAUCCUCCCGUUCUCAAUGGAGUCCACUUAGCUGGACACAGGUAGUGAGCCCUUUUGGCCACUGGUAGCGCUGCAGAGUCACAGUUCUUAUAAGUAAAAAAACGAUAAAACCUCUAAGCUAUAUAUAUAUAUGUAUAUGUAUAUAUAUAUAUAAAAUAUUCGUGUUUUUUCUCUCUCUCUACUAUCUUUAUUAAUUUUUAGGGUCCAACAUGUUUCUAUUUGUCAGGGAGUUUUUUUUCUUCUAUCUGUUAAGCUGUAGAUCUUUUUUAUUUUGUUGAAUCAUUUCCUCCCAUAGGCUGAUACAUUAUCAUACUUUUAAUUGUUGGGCAUAGCUUGUGUGCAUGAAAUGUGUCCAAACUGUAAGAGGAGGGUAACUCACUUGGUCACACACUCAAAGGAAUUGUAGACAAUUUGAAUUCCUUUUAUGGUCAGACCUUAAUACUAACAAACAGCCAUUAUUGCAAUUCUGAUCCUGCAAAUAAGCAUUAAUCUUUUUUUCCUUUAUGAAUUCAGCCUCAAUUUAAACAUGUUCUUUAAAGUUAAUUUUCCACUUGGACUUGCAGUUGAAUUUCAGUUCAUACACACUUGCGUAACUCGCCUUUGGACGAGUGACCAAUGUGUUUUACAGACCAAACUCUAGUGCGGUGCUGAAACUCGCUUUACAUCGGUGCUUCGGUGCCUCAUCUCCUGAUGUUUUUAUUCUCCCAUCAAUGGUGCAAUAUUCAGAACAUUUUAGACGUUCUAAGCGAGGGCACUGUUACGGAAUGUUUUUUAACAAGCUUAGACAACAUAAAAAAGCACUUAUUUGUCUUUCUCCCUCUGGUGGGAGUUGGAGAGGUGUGAGCUUAAUCGUGCUAAAUGUAAACCAAUUUAUUUUAGAUGUUUCGAUUCAGCGGCACUGCUUUUUGCACACUUUUGUUUUAACCCGUUCAAUGGAGGCAUGCUCUCUUUGUUUCGUUGUACGACAGGCUAUGUGAAUAAUUUAAACUGUGCUUGAUCUCACUGUGGUUAUAAACAGGAGGUUUUUAUUAGAAAGGGAGGUUUUAUAUAAGAAGACUAACCAGGGAGUCUUUUAACCAGCGAUUUCUCACUGUAUUGGGUUGAAAAGGAUUUCCCAUACCUUUUCAUCCUUUCAGUACACACAUCCUGGAAAGAUCUGUAGCACUGUUCUUAAGGCUAGUAAUGUUCUGACCUAGCCUUAACCACCUUCUAUAUUGUAUCAGAAAGGUCCUCCCAGGUCUUUGUUCAAAAUUUUAUCGAAUAUAUAUAAAUGGACAGAUUUAAGCUUGACCUGAUUGUAUAUGAGCCACGUGCAAGAAUGCUUUUU